CUCAUAGCCGGCCCUCACAAUCUUGAGAUAUCCGUACAAAUUCGCCGUCAUGGGUUCUCUUCAAGCAUUACCGGCUAACUACGCCACCGGGCUGAAGUUGAUUGACGAGGUGCAUGCGCUGGACCCUAAAAAGACUUCCGGCGGGGCACCUCACGAAUUAGACUAUGCACAGAAGAUGACCCGGUGGUUGGGCAUGAGAUGUCCGGAUGCCGCGCCGACGUUACAGAUCGCGUGUCGGGCCCAGCAUUUCAGAAGAUGGGAGAUCCCGCGCUCCUCCUAUCCCAUGACGCGCCCAGGCUACCUAACCUGGCGCACAAAACUGAAAGCGCAAGCCGCCACGCAAGUAACGGAGCUCCUAGCUUCGUCCUCAAUUGACCCGCCCUUGCCAAAGGAGGAUAUCGAGAGGGUGGCGGCACUGAUUCGAAAGGAGAACUUGAAGGGGGAUGAGGGGACGCAGGUCCUGGAGGAUGUGGCGUGUUUGGUGUUUCUGGAUGACCAAUUUGAUGAUUUUGAGAAGAGCAGCGAGCUUGACGAGGAAAAAGUGGUGGGGAUUUUGAGAAAAACUUGGGGUAAGAUAAGUGUGGAGGGAAGGAAGUUGGCUUUGGGUCUGAAUUUGAGUGACAGGGCGAGAAUGUUGGUUGGGAAGGCGUUAGAGGGUUGAUGAUGAUUAGGUGCGACGCGGACUCUUGUUCGGCUCACUAGGAUGAAAUAUCGAACUUGCAUUGAUACGGGCCAUCCGGCAUUAUUCUCGGGGUCAACUCCGAAACUACGGAAGGGUAGUCCGAAUGAUGAAGUCAUGGAAUUCGAUGACGGGCCGGGAAUGACUACUAUGAUUCAAAUGUCUCGUAGAACCCCUCACCCCAUCUCGGCAAUCACUCUACCGAGAAGAGGUAACCCGCUCACUAUAAGCUUGCGGCGAGCAACGCAGGUCCAGAACUUGGCCGUACAAUGCUACCAAGU